AUGCUUUGUGUUUACACCACGGAUAUCGAUCCCCAGCAGCAAAAGGUCAUCGUCACCGGCAACAUCGACCCACAAACCCUAAUCAAAAAGCUUGUCAAAACCGGAAAGCAUGCCGAGCUAUGGCCCGAAAAACUCUCCAGCGAAAAAAAGCCCGGAAAAAAUGACAAAGAAAACGAUUGCGAAAACAGCGAGGACGAAGUUGAGGAAAGUAAUAACGACGACAACAACAACAACAAUAACAAUAAUAAUAACAACAACAAUAAUAAUAAUCCACUAGACAACAACCCUCCUCAAGUCAAAGUCAGCUUCCCAGGAGUCAACUGCAGGUCAACGGUUAAAUUCAUAGGCAUAGACCCUCCCACCAUGGAGAAGAGACUGUCACUAACUGAUAAAUUUUCGGCACCAGAGCAAACGGUCAGCGGCAGCUGUGGAGGGCAGGGCGGUAAAAAGAAGAAAAAGAAAGGGCGAAAAGGGAACAAAAACAAAAGUAUUACCAAUGCUGGUCCACAGCCUAAUGGUGCACCAGCGAGCACCGUAUUUGAUACACCAAAGGUGGGGUUCACCCAAACUGUCGACGCGGUCGAUCCAAGCCCUCCACCCAAUGUGUACCAUUAUACCCCUCACAAUGCGUAUGUGGUGAGCUAUAGUGCGGUGCACCCAACUGUAAGCGAUGCUCCCGGUUACUACUACACGCCUCCAUCGCCGUACGCGUGUGUGGCAUACGGGCAACUGGAUGAUGAUUUGACAGAUGGUGAGCCGUUGGAUUCGUUUCGGAUUUUGAGUGAUGAGAACCCUAAUGGAUGCUACAUCAUGUGA